CUCAGGUCGCCAUCUUGGCCACGUUCUUGCGCUAGAUUUCAAAACUCUUCCGGUAGUUUCGUUUUAGGUGGCGAAAGCAAGUUAAUUUUAACGUUUUUCUCAGAUUAAAUAUGAGCACUGUAGACUCUUACGGGCCUGCAUCUCAAACAUUGACUUUUUUAGACACCGAAGAAGCUGAUUUCGGCGCGGACACACAAGGAAGCGAGUACGAAUUUCACGAUUUCACUGUCCCAUCGCAAACUCAAACUCAGUCGCAAGCUUCGCAGCCCGAAGGGAGCCAACCUUUGGUUAAUGGAAGUUCUGUGGACAAAAAGGAGGAGCUGACUAAUGGCCCAGCAACGGGAAAUGAAGAUGCGAAAACAGACAGCAAUAUCUCCAAGGUUAGCAACUCGUUAGGAGAGCUGAACUUCGAGGAAGACGAAGAUGAAACCUUUUACUCGAAAGAUCUUCCAGCCUACGCGUGCAGGUAUUGUGGAGUCCAUGACCCAGCAUCCGUUGUCCAGUGCAUUCAGUGCAAAAAGUGGUUUUGUAAUGGGAGAGGAAACACUGCUGGCAGCCAUAUUGUAAACCAUCUUGUCAGAGCCAAGCAUAAAGAGGUGACACUUCACAAGGAUGGUCCUUUGGGCGAGACAAUCUUAGAAUGUUACAACUGUGCUUGUCGCAAUGUUUUCCUGUUGGGUUUCAUCCCCGCCAAGGCAGAUUCUGUUGUUGUGCUACUAUGUAGGCAACCAUGUGCAACACAAAGUAACUCCAAAGAUAUGAACUGGGAUCAAGCCCAGUGGCAGCCUCUGAUUAAUGACCGGUGUUUCCUAUCAUGGCUCGUGAAAGUUCCACCUGAUGAGGACCAGUUGAGAGCAAGACAGAUCUCAGCCCAGCAGAUUAACAAGCUUGAGGAAUUGUGGAAGGAUAACCCUGAAGCUAAGUUAGAGGAUUUGGAUAAGCCUGGAGUAGACGAUGAACCACAACAAGUUCUUCUCAGGUAUGAGGAUGCUUACCAGUAUCAGAAUAUAUUUGGUCCACUUGUUAAACUGGAAGCAGACUAUGAUAAGAAGCUCAAAGAGUCUCAGACUCAAGAUAACAUUGUUGUUCGUUGGGAUAUUGGUCUAAAUAAGAAAAGGAUUGCAUAUUUCUCCUUUCCAAAAACAAAUGAUGACAUGCGACUGAUGCCUGGUGAUGAGCUGCGGCUGAGAUACAUUGGUGAAUUGCACAAGCCCUGGCAGGGUGUUGGUCAUGUGAUCAAAGUGCCAAACAACUUUGGAGAAGAGGUUGGAAUUGAGUUGCGCAGCAACCUGGGUGCUCCAGUAGAGUGUACUCAUAACUUUGUGGUGGACUUUGUGUGGAAAUCGACUUCUUUUGACAGAAUGCAGACCGGAAUGAAGACCUUUGCAGUUGACGAGACAUCAGUCAGUGGCUAUAUCUACCACAAGCUGUUGGGACAUGAGGUAGAAGAACAGGUCGUCAAAUGCCAGCUGCCUAAAAGGUUUUCAGCCCAAGGUCUUCCAGAGCUUAACCAUUCACAAGUGUAUGCUGUCAAGACUGUGCUGCAAAGACCACUCAGUCUUAUUCAGGGACCACCAGGCACUGGUAAGACAGUGACAUCAGCAAGUGUUGUGUAUCAUCUGGCCAAACAAAACAAUGGUCAAGUGCUUGUCUGUGCUCCAAGUAACAUUGCAGUGGAUCAGCUGACAGAGAAGAUACACAAGACAGGACUCAAGGUUGUCAGACUGUGUGCCAAGAGCAGGGAGGCUAUUGACUCUCCAGUAGCAUUCCUUGCACUGCAUAACCAAGUGCGUAACAUGGACAGUGUUCCGGAACUGCAAAAGCUACAGCAACUCAAAGAUGAGCAGGGUGAACUGUCAGCUGCUGAUGAGAAGAGAUACCGGUCUCUGAAGAGGAACUGUGAGCGAGACUUGCUGCAGCAUGCAGAUGUGAUCUGCACCACUUGUGUGGGUGCCGGUGACCCUCGCCUAUCUAAGUUCAGGUUCCGCACCGUACUGAUUGAUGAGUCCACCCAGGCAACUGAACCUGAGUGCAUGGUGCCAGUCAUACUUGGCUGCAAACAGCUGAUCCUUGUUGGAGAUCACUGCCAGCUGGGUCCUGUUGUGAUGUGCAAGAAGGCAGCGAAUGCUGGGCUGUCUCAGUCACUGUUUGAACGUCUGGUGGUUCUUGGAAUCCGCCCCAUUCGUCUACAAGUCCAGUAUCGUAUGCACCCAGCCCUUAGUGAGUUCCCAUCCAAUUUGUUCUAUGAUGGAACUCUUCAGAAUGGAGUUACUGUUGCUGAACGUCAGCAGUCAGGAAUUGAUUUCCCAUGGCCUGUUCCUGACAAGCCAAUGUUCUUCUAUGCCACUAUGGGCCAAGAGGAAAUAGCCUCCUCUGGAACAUCCUACCUCAACAGGACUGAAGCUGCUAAUGUAGAGAAGAUUGCCACCAGAUUCCUCCGUGCUGGAGUGAAGCCUGAGCAGAUUGGAGUGAUCACUCCAUAUGAAGGCCAGAGAGCCUACCUUGUCCAGUACAUGCAGUUUAGUGGAUCUCUUCAUGCCAACCUGUACCUGGAAAUUGAAGUGGCCAGUGUUGAUGCAUUCCAAGGACGAGAGAAGGACUAUAUUAUCCUGUCUUGUGUCCGAUCCAAUGAACACCAGGGCAUUGGUUUCUUGAAUGACCCUAGACGUUUGAAUGUGGCCUUGACCCGAGCCAAGUAUGGUAUCAUCGUCAUUGGCAAUCCCAAGAUUUUGUCCAGGCAACCUCUUUGGAAUCACCUGUUGAACUAUUACAAAGAGAACAAGACAUUGAUGGAAGGGCCCCUGAACAAUUUGAAAGAAAGUAUGAUUCAGUUUAGCAAGCCAAGGAAGCUUGUCAACCGCACCAAUCCGGGUGGCCGUUUCAUGAGUAGCACCAUGUUUGAUGCCCGUGAGGCUCUGAUCCGUGGCAGUGUCUAUGACAGGCAGAUGCCUACAGCGCCUAUGGAUCCUGCUGCCUUCCAUGACACUUACUUCCACACUCAUGACCGUCUGAGCUACAUUGGAGCUGAGCGCACCAUCCCACCUGCUGCUGCUGCAAGGAUUCCAGUACCCGUGGGAAUGUUCAUUCCCCCCGUACCACCCCCACAUCACUCUUAUUUUGGACAGCCUCUUGCUGGUCGUAUGCCUCAUGGUCGGCCAGUCCAGCAGCCCAGGCAGCGCAAUCAGCGAAACCAUCACCAUCACCAGCCUAUGGCAUACGCACCUCACAUGCCAGCCAGCCAGGCCAGUCAGGAUGCUUCGCAGCCCCUGUCCCAGGGCCCACUCACUCAAGGUGGUAUGUCUAUGAGUCAGCCCAUGGCGUCACAGCCCUUGUCCCAGCCAGACCUUUCUCAGGACAGUUACUUGGGAGACGACUUCAACCUAAAAUCCCAAGCAGACGCGGUGUUGUCCCAGGACUCCACCUACCAAGGGGAGAGGGGAGGUUACAUGAACUCCUUACCAGACUACUCCCAGCCAAACUACGCCUCCCAGUACUAAAGAAUCGGCCUCCCGGCUGAUAAGGGGGCAAGUCACCAUCUGGCAGCCGUCAUCAAGGCAACCAGCAGGUAACGCCUUGCUAAAGCCGCACCCUUGAAAUGCCCCGCACCGAGGGUGUGGCACUCGCCUAAACCUUGAAGAAAAACGAGAGCAGAGAGAAACGAGAAGAGAAGAUAAUUUUUUGGCCGCUUUUACAAACGGCAGAUCUUAACGGUUUUGACGCCGCCAAAGGGAAACAUGGAUGUGUUGAACUUGGACUUUGUUUUUAGACAGUUAAUUAUCUGAGGGACAGAAAGUCUCGCUUGUUUUGAACAGGACAAACGACUUGUGAGAUGCUGUGAGAUGAUGCAACAUUACCUAACUGUAAUUUUUAUCACCCUAUGGGUGAAAAAUUUAUACAAGAGACAGCAGAAGGCUUCUUUUUAGUGAAGAGUCUUGACGAUUUGUCAUUUCUUGUGCUUUAUCUACUUAUUGGCACUUGGCAUCUAGCUUGUGCUUCCCGCUUCGAGCUCUUAACGUCAAAGCGGCUUAGCAAUCCAUGGUAAAAGCUUAUGCAGAGAAGUCGCUAACAACUCGACGUUGAACAGAACACGCUCAUAAAUCUUGCUGGCUUCUACUUCUCUGCUUUUCCUCGUAAAGAAACUACGAAGCGUCUUCAACCAGUUGGAAGUUCUGUUUGAAGAAUGGGAACAUUUCAGCUGAUUAUCCAGCUUAAUAGAGCAAGAAUUGUUGUUCGGUGGUUGGUCAUUUUCUUGGAAGCCGAUCGAGUUGAAACUUUAACAUCUCCUGUGCAAGAGAUACUGCAAGCAUCAAUGUCAAUGUUUUGUGUUGAACUUGUUAAUAGUAGCUUAACAGAGGACUGAGUUGAACACAAACUCGGGAGAUGUCAAUUGCCGAAUGUUAGUUAGAUCUUUGGCUAAAGCCUUUUUGGGUUACGUUAGCAGGGAUGAAUUGUAUUAAAACUGACAGGUCUGUCUCAACGGUUCCCGGCCGGUAACAAGAUAUCUUUGGUUGAAUGGCCAAAAAAAGAGAUGUUGAAGUUUCAAGUUGACCAGCUUCCCUAACAAACCUCUCAUGCGGUUUCCUACAACUUGUCAUAAAAGACUGAACAGAAGUUAGCUUUAAACUUUGCUUCGAUUCCAUUUUCUUCCUGCCAUUGCUGUCUUUAGAGAAAAGAAUCAAAAGUCAACUUUUGAUGGAACAUUGGAUUUUUAACUCGGUUUUGCUUCCUGAAAGGAAAGAUUUUUAAGAUCCCUGGAAACGAUGGGCGUGCGUCCCGUGAAGUUCAUUGAAGUGGGGUGUCUUAUUGCACCCCUGUCACGUGUUACUGUUUUUUUGAUUGUAGCUUUUGAAUCUUAUUUGAUUAGUGGUGUUUGUGUUGAUCGUGUUUUACCAUUGCCCUGUUCCAAUGAAUUAUUCAUUACUUUAGGGUAUGCAGACUAAAUGUAAUCAAACAUUUAUCAUAUUAACCAGGUUUUAGUAGGGUACAUGUAAUGUGGGUCGCUGUUGUUUCACGAUUGCACUACGAGCCAAACCUUCCGUCAGUGAGGGUAAGUAGUGUAAUCAGUUUAAUUGAUAAAGCUUGCCGUGGUCUUACCCCCACUGUAAACUAUCACGUGAUAACAGACAAGUUUAAGGGUUUUUAAUCAUCGACUCAGUGUAAGCAUGGUGUGAGACCAUAUCAAAUUUACGGUGAAUUUACAAUAGACCACGGCAAAUUCUGCAUACCUAUACAUGUAUGUUAGUUAAGAAGUGUCACAGUUCCUUGUUUUGAACAUUGAUAGAGGAAAACAUUCUGCUACUGUAAACUCAUUCGGCCAUCAAUAUACAAAUUGCUCAUAGAGCGUUUUAGAGCCCCAAUUUCCUGGCUAAAAUGGGAAGCAAAUACAGUUCUUAAUCGUCAUUAUUUCCUUAGAUGUGUUUUGAGAGAAAUCAAUUCAACCAUUGUUUUACUGUUCCACUGUCCUCAUGCCGAGACGUUUAUCCGUCCAAACUCCCAAGAUCAACAGCAAAAUUCUCCGUACUGAUUUUCACAUUAUGGUUGAUUCUACUUGGGAGAAUUUGCCUUUGAGUCAAGCAGAGUUGGUUCUGUAAUACAGAAACUGUAUCUGUAAUAUAUUUUUUCUUGCUUAACGCUUUCCCUCUAAGAGUGAGAACUUGAGUCGUAUUGUGCUGUGGUUUGAGUGUGGCAUAAACUCUUUUCUCGAGAUGGCUCGUGUCGAGUGGUAUGUGAUGCUGUUCGUUUUAAUCAAUUUUUUUUCAUUUUGAAAAAUUUAUAUUUCUGCUUUUAUAUUCCUUGUUUUUUUGUGUACUGUCUUAACACUAGGUGUAAAACAUGAGCCAUUCCUAUACUGAUGUAAGCUCGUUCCUUUAUAAUACAUCAUUCUUGAUCUGAAAGUUUUCUUAAUUGUUAGACGUGAUUUUAAAUUUCCAAACCUGGAUCAUUUUUGCUCAACGAUGAUUUGCAUUUGUAGAUCUUGGUAGCCAAUUCCAAUUUCAGUGGUUCUGUUUUCAAAGGAAUACGAGCCUCUGACCUCAAACAACGUGUUCUCUUACUUCUGCUGGUUGAGUUUUGUUAAUGAUUCUCUUUUAUUUUACCUGGUAGUGUGACGCGUACAUCUUACAUACAGUUGAAUAAAGAAUAGUGAACGCUUA